AUGUCUACAUGGGAGACAACUUUUGAGUCAGAGCCAUUUGCUCAAGGAAGAUUCAGAUAUGCUUUUAAGGGGCACUAUACCAAACAUCCUACUAAAUGUGGACAAAGUUGUGUUGUAAAGAAAUUCAAAGACAACUAUGUUUGGGAGCCAAAAGGUUGGGAUUCUACAGUGAAGAUUUACACUAAAGCUCAAGAAUAUACCUCAGGAUUUGGAAGAGGAUUGGAAUUUACUGAAUGCGAAACUGGUAUAGUGACAAAGGUUGGCUCUAGUACUAAAGUCAAGCUUGAUGAGUACACAGUAAAUGAAGAUUAUCUCGAAGGGAAUUAUAUAAAAUGGUGUAACAAUUAUGGGUAUGUGUCAUCAGAAGCUAGAGGAGUAGACUCCAUAUUGACAGCAUUCAUGCACUGGAGCUGGGUGAAAAGCAAAGGAGAAGAAAUGGUUACUGAUAUACAAGGAGUGAAGAAUGGAAACUGUUAUAGAUUAACAGAUCCUGCUAUGAUCUCUGUUAAAAAGGAAUACGGAGUGACUGAUACUGGGAUUGAAGGAAUGGCAAUGUUUUUUCUCAUCCAUCAAUGUGGUAGCCCUUGUAAUGGUUUGCCUAAACCAACACUGGCCCAGUUUGUUGGUAAAAUACCUGAUGCUAUGCUGCAGCAAGCUCUUGCCUUCCAGCAGUUAUCAGCCAGGGGGACCACUUAUUCACAUGAAACUAAGUUUUCUGAUGCUAUUAGGAAUGCUCUUAUUCCUGUUUUUUCAGCUAUUGCACAAGGAAAACAGAUAAUAUAG